AUGGGCGCAAUGCUCGCUGGAGGCCAGUUGAACAGUUUCCUCGGAGCCCUGAGAGCGAAGCGGCUACUAUGCGGGUUCGCCAAAUUAUACGCCCUGCAGGGCACCCGGAGUGCUUUGCGCCGGUUGUCGUUCUUGCUGCGACCGCGAACAGCACUAGACGCACUUAAGGUAGUCAUACUCUCGGGCCGUUCCAGACAUACAGAGGUUGUCGUAGACCUUAUCUCCGACAUGCCCACAGAGUUGGUACCUCCGUCCAUGGUCCGCCACCUUCCCUGUUGGUUCACCCGGUCGAUCACUAUGCCUUCCCUCGUCCCUCUGGAUAACACACUAGGCGCUUUGGCUAUCGGGGUUGUCAUUUCUAGCAUACUCUAUGGAGUUAACUGCAUGCAAACGUUUCUAUACCUCACUGAGCACUGCAAGCGCGAUGGGUGGUUUCUGAAGAGCUUCAUCAUGCUACUAUGGGCCAUGGAAACGCUAACCUGCAUCCUUCUCAACCAUGGCAUCUAUUACUACACCGUGACAAACUUCGGCAACUACGAUGUUCUCUUACACAGUGGUACGCCAUGGAGCAUUCUUGUUGAGGUUGGCGUAAGCGCAUUCGUGGCUCUUCUAGUGCAAUGUUUCUUCGCUCAUCGGGUUUACAUUCUGAAUGGACGGAGACCCAUUCUGCCACUGUUUGUGGUUGUGCUAUCGCUCGCCCAAUUUGCUGUCGGUCUGGUCUACGCCGACGUAUCACUGAGCUUCAAGCGUUUCACUGGUGGUUCAAGCGACUUCCCCUAUGUUAUUAGUUUGUUCGGCCUCGAGCUAGUCGCGGAUUGCACAAUCGCCGCAUCUACUAUAUACUAUCUCAGCUUCAAAGCAAGUCGGAGCGAGAUUACUUCCACGCGGCGUGUCAUCUAUCUCGCCAUCAAGUACGUUGUGAGCACGUGUCUACUUGAGGUUUUCUGCAUAGUCCCCAUCAUAGCAUUGUGGACAACCAUCCCGUCAGCCCUCUACUUCAGCCCCUUCAUCUCCUGUCUCGCACGAGUGUACUCAGCCUCUGUGAUGUGCUCCCUCAAUAAUCGAGACCACCUGCGGGGCAUUACCACCAACGCCAUCACCCUAUCAAACCUCAACCUACCCACUCACACAGGCUCGAGCCGCAUACUCAUCAGUGCUGCCUCAGACAUCUCGCGCGGCGAUGCUGAGCUUUCAAGGGACGCCCUUCAACUUGGGAUGCAUGCUCUCUCGCAUGACGAAGUGCCAGAAACAGGCGGAAAGCUCUCGAAGGACAGCGACGCCAAGGGGGGGCUAAUAAGCGUCAAAGUUGGACCUGUGUCCGGCCGUAUGCAAGAUACAUUCGCAUACUAA